AUGAUGUUACUGUAGGUGUGCAAAAGCCAAUCUAUUCUUCGCUUUGACAUUGUCCCCUAUACGCUAACCCUGGCCGCUAUACCCUGUUUUGCAGUGGCCUGGACAGUUCCUCCUGCUUCCAGGUGUUGUCUCUGCUGAAGGCCCUGGCGCAUGGUGGCCGCACCGUCAUCUGCACCAUCCACCAGCCCAGCGCCAAGCUCUUUGAGCUCUUCAACAAGGUCAGCCUCCAACCUGAGUCGCAGAUCUGUUUGAGUUGUCUUACCAACACCUACGUCAUUGGCGUGACAACAUAAACAGAUCUGGGAUUCAGGCUAGCGUAAUGCAUGGGAAUCUAUGAAAGGCACAAUGAUACCACAGGAUCACGGUUGGAAAUUAGAUAUGUAGCUAGCUAGACAUGUGGCGUAAUACUUAUGCAUGGUCCCCAACAAGUUAACACAUCAACAGGCUAAUGUAGUUGUUUAACAAAGUAAAAACAAACUAUGUGUGCUUGGUAUAUACCUAAAUACAAACUAUGUGUGCUUGGUAAAUGUAAAUGUAUAUACAGUACCUAGUGUGACUUACCUAAAAGAGCGCAACUACAGGGUCGUCUUUACUUGUUGCUUUGCCCCUAAUGCCAAUGAUUCCAAUGCUAACUGAAUUGAACUAAGUUAUUUUAAUAACUAAAUGAAUGGUCUGCAAAAUGAAUGUACUGUAUCCUGAUUGCUUCGUGCCCCUGUGUUUCCCUCCCUAGCUGUAUGUCCUUAGCCAGGGCCAGUGUAUCUACAGAGGGAAAGUGGCUAACCUGGUCCCCUACCUUAGAGAGCUGGGGCUCAACUGCCCAACGUACCACAACCCUGCAGACUUUGGUGAGAAACUCCUACCAGUUUAAUGAGAAACAAGUCAAAUGUGUUUUCAUCAUUGUUAUAAUCACCUUAUUUACACAUGUAUAUCAGUGUAUUCGGGAAUCUGCCUUAUCUUCUUAGAAUAACUGUCCCUGAAAGUUAUUUUAGUAUACUUUGGUAUAAAGUGUUCUAGAAACUAUUCUAUCUAUUAGUUCAACUGAAAAUUCAUUUUCUCAGAAUAACUUUUACAGAUGGUUCCUCAUGCAAUAUUCACUGGGGUUUCUGUGACAUGCGUACCUCUCUCUCCAUUUGAUCCCAGUGAUGGAGGUGGCGUCUGGGCAGUACGGAGAUCAGACGGCUCGUCUGGUGAACGCUGUGCAGGAGAGGAAAUGUGAGCAGGUCUACAAGACAGACAUGAACAAUGGACCCCUCAACCCCUUCCUGUGGCACAAAUCUUCUGAGGAGGUAAAAGGGGGAUUAGUGUAUUCCUACAGCUCUCAGUGGGUUGAAAUGAAGAAUCUUAUUGAAGUUAUAUUUUCAGAGUCAAAGCAUUUCAUUUCAAUGUUUCAGGAAAGAGAUGUUGAGAGGCCUUACCACGUCAGGUUGUUCAGUCACUGUUUUUCUCUCUCUCUAUCUCUCUCCAACCCUCUCCAAUCCUCUCAGGACUCCUCUUCCGGUGAGGGCUGCCACGGUUUCUCGGCCAGUUGUCUGACUCAGUUCUGCAUCCUGUUCAAAAGGACGUUUCAAUGCAUCAUUAGAGAUACGGUAAGACAGACUUUGUACUGCAACAGCUUCCUUUUUAAAAUAGCCAAAUGUUACGUAAUGAACCCCAAACACUUUAAUAAGAUUCAAGGCAUAUCAAAAGGAUAACAGAGGAAAAAACUAAAUUCAACAAAUUGGUAUGAGAACAUCAUAACAGAAAUAAAAAAGACAUCUAUUCAUACCAUACUUUGCUCAUCCUCCACUAUCAUAACCACUCCAUUUCCCCUUCUCAUCUACUCCUCUACGCCAUCCUUCCGCUUCCUCUCAAUCAAAUGUAUUUUAUAAAGCCCUUUUUACAUUAGCAGUUGUCACAACGUGCUUUACAGAUACCCAGCAUAAAACCCCAAAGAGCAAGCAAUGCAGAUGCAGAAGCACAAUGGAUAGGAAAAUAUAUCAACAAAACAUUAUUUCUCUUCUUCUCCUGUUCUGGCCCUACAGGUGCUGACUCACCUAAGAAUCUCCUCUCACAUUGGGAUUGGGAUUCUGAUUGGCCUGCUCUACCUGGGCAUUGGCAACGAUGCCAAGAAAGUGCUCAGCAACUCCGGCUUCCUCUUCUUCUCCAUGCUCUUCCUCAUGUUUGCUGCUCUCAUGCCUACUGUUCUGACCUGUAAGUGUUCUCAGCUCUUCUUACUGACAGACAUCUGCAUGCAUUGAUUUAGUGCAUGAAUUUACAACAGUCGUAAGCCAUUGCAUACAGUAUGUUAGGAGUAGACCUUGGCAUUGUUUCCGAUUACUAUGACGCUGUUUUCUCUGUCUCUCUAAUGCAGUCCCUUUAGAGAUGGGAGUGUUCCUAAGAGAGCACUUGAACUACUGGUACAGCCUGAAGGCUUACUAUCUGGCCAAGACUAUGGCGGACCUCCCCUUCCAGGUAAUUACAAUGUCACAUAGAACUCUGGAGGGUCAUUUUUAGUAGUGUGUCGUGUCCCAAAAAAUCUGUAAAUUGGUAUUUCAUCAAAAUGUAAAAAAGUUGCGAGAAAAAAAUACAAAAAACAUUACGAUUCUAGCAUUCACUGAAAAGAGCAAAGGUAUUGUAACUGAAGAAUGUUAUGGGAGCUGAAAGUGGCUUUAGCAUCGAGGUCAAAAAGCAAUUCUGUCCGUCAGAUUUAGACAAAUUCCACAAUAACAUUACAUAAGAAGGCUUUACGCGUCACCAGACAUCGCCCUGUGCUCUAAAUUAAAAGUGACAAAGGUUUACUGCAUGUUUUCAUUUAUUGUAUUGAAUUUGUAUUGUAUUGAACCUAAUUUGGCUUUUUUCAACAAUACAAAAGGAUUAUUUCAAAGCACACAACGCUUGGCUUUGAUUCUCCACAUGAAGAAAAGUGUUUUAGUUUGAUGUUUUAAUGAUACUCAAUGUGUUUUCCAUGGUGAGAUAUUGUUGGCUGAACAUGAGGAAUGUGAUGUGGCCAUAUCACAAUCCGAGAUAACAACAGCUUAUCCUGCUGUUGUGCCCUUCAGCAAGGCACUUAACCACCUACACGACCCUGGGGGUGCUGCUCUGACACUGUCCUUCCAAUCUGUCACUGUGUGGUUGGGCUUGUGUGGAACCGUACAUGCGUGUGUUGGGGGUCGAGAGAAAAAAAGCUGACAGGACAAUUUCUGUGUCCACAAAUGGACAAUCAAGUCUUUUUCUUCUUUUUCUUCACAGAUAGUGUUCCCAGUCGCCUACUGCAGCAUCGUCUACUGGAUGACGUCCCAGCCACCUGAUGCUGUGCGUUUCAUCCUUUUCUUGGCCCUGGGAGUCCUAACCUCUCUUGUCGCCCAGUCUCUGGGCCUGCUGAUAGGAGCGGCUUCCACCUCGCUACAGGUACGUCCUCCAUUUUCUCAAUACUAACACAUGAUAACAACUGCUAUACCUAUUGUUUGCAGCUUGAGAAUUGCAAAUAAACUCUAUUGUGACCAUUCCGGCUGAGUAUUGUUAUUAUUAGCAAAUUCCGGCUGAGUAUUGAUAUUAUUUGCUCAUAAAAAAUAUAUUUUGUGCUUGGGGCUGGUCUAAGGGUAGUGCCGCCCCGUACCACAUGUGCCCUUGGAGGCAGUGUUUCAAUCCCCUGUUCCACCUCUCACUCUCUCUGCUGUAUUCCUCUCAUCUGUCCCCCCAUCUACAUUUAUACCUUGUAUCUGUAAAUACAAUUUUUUAAAAUUAAUUAAACAAAUAUUUAUACAUUUUUAACUAUAUUUCCUGGCACAAUCACACCAACCACAUUGUAUUUACACAGUACCCACCUAUAGUAUAUUAAUAUAAUUAUAUGUUUCUCAGAGUGGUACCCAAUUUUAUUCUAAGCAGACACUAUUAACCGCAGUAUGUUGCACUUGUCCAUGUCUCAGGUUGCCACGUUUGUAGGUCCGGUGACUGCCAUACCCGUACUACUUUUCUCUGGCUUCUUCGUCAGUUUUGACACAAUUCCGUGGUAUCUUCAGUGGAUGUCAUACAUUUCAUAUGUCAGGUAAAUCGUUUUUCAGAUACUUUUCAGACAUACAAGGGCCCUGACUUUUUCCUGACCAUGUGACCUGCCCCUAAUACUGAGAAGGUACCAUGUAUUCAGCACUUGUAGGGGAAAGUGGGGUAUGUUGAGCCAAAGGGGUUAAUUGAGCCACUCCUUGUUUCUAGGAAACCAUACACAAAAUUAAUAAUGUGACCAAAUAUUUAGGAAGAGGUCAUCAUUUCAUUAAGUAUGUGAAGGAAGAAACAAUAUGGAAAAAGUGGUAAGCAAGUUAGGUCCAAAAAACAGAUUUUCACAAAUUCAAAUGAAUUGAUUGUGUUAUAGGUUUCAUGAUGCUUGUAUCUAAACCGAAGUAAAUCGUUUUAAGAUUGUUUUAUACAUCAGUUGGGGUCUCUAUAAGCUACAAUAUGAGGUCCUAAACCUAGCAUGAAAGUGCAUCCUUGUAACUGUGUGGGCUAAUAUAGUCCAAAUGUUUGCCUUGGGGUAUGUUGAGCUAAUUGCCAUGGGAUAAAUUGAGCCCCCCCAAAAAUCUGUUUUAUGCAUAGUAUUUUUGCAAUGUGUCAUGCAUAUGAAUUCAAGAUAGUGCAUUUUUAUUGUUAUAGAGCAGACAUCAUCAUGCGCCGUGUAUACAAAUAUAAAACAAGCAGGGGUCUAGUCCCAAUUGAGGUUCUUGAGAGAGCAGCCAAGGAAGUGAGAGAAGUGAAGAAGUCCAUUCGAGCAGCAGCAAGGGAUGAAAAAAUUUACUGAAUGACACUGAAGAGGUACAUUGAAAAAAAAGAAACCGAACAUGCAUCUGUGCGAAAGAGUGUCUAUGAUAGAGGAGCAGAGGCACACAAGGUCUUGUCUGAUGACAUGGAGUCUGAGCUUCUUAAACAUAUCACGAAUCUCGUGGACCAGUUUCAUGGGCUUAGUGUUUCAUGGGCUUAGUGUUUCAUGGGCUUAGUGUUUCAUGGGUGUAGUGUUUCAUGGGCUUAGUGUUUCAUGGGUUUAGUGUUUCAUGGGUGUAGUGUUUCAUGGGCUUAGUGUUUCAUGGGCUUAGUAGCCUUAGUAGCCUCAGAGAACUUGCCUACAAAUUGGCACUUAGAAACAACAUCCCUUUCUCAGACAACUGGUCAAGAAAUGGAUGGGUAUGGAAGGGAACAGAGAGAUCUACUGUAUAUUUGAAUGUAGGCAUACAUUUAAGAUAUAUACAAUAUACCACACCCCCAUUCCAUGAAUUCAACUUUGACCUACCAGCACCAUCACCCACAGGACACCAUCACCAAUUUACCACAAGGCGGCUCAACUUACCCUGACCCUAUGCUCAACUUACCCCAUACCCGGGGUAAGUUGUGCCAAGUGACCACUUUUUUUGGACAAGCUAUGUUUUAAAAACUGUUAUGUUUACAUGAAUUCUGAUUAUUUCCUACAUCCUGAAAUAUAUGUAGAUAUCUUUCUUAGAAAUAAUUAUAUAUACUGAGCAAAAAAUAUAAACGCAACAUGCAACAAUUUCAAAGAUUUUACUGAGUUACAGUUCAUAUGAGGAAAUCAGUCAAAUUAGGCCCUAAUCUAUGGAUUUAACAUGACUGGGAUUAUAGAUAUGCAUCUGUUGGUCACAGAUACCUUUAAAAAAAUGGGGCCUCAGGAUCUUGUCAUGGUAUUUCUGUGCAUUCAAAUUGCCAUUGAUAAAAUACAAUUGUGUUUGUUGUCCGUAGCUUAUGCCUGCCCAUACCAUAACCCCACCGCCACCAUGCGGCACUCUGUUCACAACGUUGACAUUAGCAAACUGCUCGCCCACACGACGCCAUACACGUGGUCUGCUGUUGUGAGGCCAGUUAGACAUACUGCCAAAUUCUCUAAAAUGAAAUUGGAGGCGGCUUAUGGUAGAGAAAUGAAUGGUAAAUUAUCUGGCAACAGCUCUGGUGGACAUUCCUGCAGUCAGCAUGCCAAUUGCAUGCUCCCUCAAAACUUGAAGACAUUUGUGGCAUUGUGUUGUGUGACAAAACUGCACGUUUUAGAGUGGCCUUUUAUUGUCCUUAGGCACAAGGUGCACCUGUGUAAUGAUCAUACUGUUUAAUUAGCUUCUUGAUAUGCCACACCAGUCAGGUGGAUGGAUUAUCUUGGCAAAGGAGAAAUGCACACUAACAGGGAUGUAAACAAUUUGUGCACAAAAUUUGAGAGAAAUAAGCUUUUUGUGCGUAUGGAACAUUUCUAUGAUCUUUUAUUUCAGCUCAUGAAACAUGGGACCAACACUUUACAUGUUGCGUUUUUAUAUUUUUGUUCAGUGUAUUUCCAUUUACGUAGGGAUGCUGAAUGUAAAAAAUGGCUCAACUUACCCCACUCCCCCCUACUGUUCGUCCUCUUUAGCAGCACCAUAAAGCAGUUCCUAUUAUUUUGUAGGUAUGGCUUUGAAGGUGUCAUCCUCUCCAUCUACGGCCUGGACCGGAAGGACCUCCACUGCGACAAGGAUGAAACCUGCCACUUCCAGAAGUCGGAGGCCAUCUUGAAAGAGCUUGACGUGGAAGAUGCCAAACUGUACCUUGACUUCAUAGUGCUCGGCAUGUUCUUUGUGAGCCUCCGCCUCCUCGCAUACUUUGUGCUGCGCUAUAAGAUCAGUGCAGAGAGGUAGACUGUAGAGUGGGGGUAGGAGGAAGAAGGCCCAGAUCGCUUGCAAGCUGGAAUACCGCUUCUGGAGACCUCCAGCAGUGUCCCAGAAACACACCAUGCACACCAAACUCUUGGCCAAAGACUACAGAAUAUAGACGCCCGUUGUGUGGGUGUGCAUGCAGUAUGAAUCUACUUUGCUUAGACAAACAAAGAUGGCAGAGAGGAGCUCAGUGCCUCAGGCCAUGGCUGAUUCCCAAUAUUACAAGACCAUUCUUGUUUAAAAACCAAAACCAUUGGUUUAUUGAAGGCAAGGCUCCUGGCACAGUAGGAAUCUAGAUGUAAUCGCCUUGUGCAGUAUUUGUUUGUGCAACGGAACCAACUAAGUAAUGUAAGACAUUGUUGUUGAUAGGCUCUUGUGUAGUCUGUAGUUUCCAGACUGGUUUGUAUGACCACUGUGUGAAACUAAUUAAAAUAAAUGGCUUGGUGGAAGGACAAUGGGAAGACAGGGCCUCACUUAAACAGGAGCUGUAUAUUAUAAAGGACUGCCAGAUCAAAUGGGGCUCUAAUCCAGGACCCUCAGUAAAUAAAGUGAAAUGUACAAUAUUGCUAGUUGCUAAUAUGGGAUAAAGCAAUCACGUACAUUCUGAGCAUGUGAGAGACUGUACAGUACCGGUAUAUAGUUUAUCUGGGGUGAGUUUCCCGAAAGCGAACGUGGCAUGUGGUGCUCGACAACCCAGCCUCUCAGGCGCAAGCGAGUAACAUCUAUGCUUGAACAAACUAAUUAAUCAAAUCAAGCACGUUCUACGAGUGCUGUGGGCGUGCGUCUGGGUUUUUGAGAGAAAUAAAGUACCACGUUAGUAUCCCUGGUCAGAGGCCUGUGGUUGUGAUUAUAGGGCUUGAAUAGUUUCAGGAAGAUAUGGGGGAUUUGAAUUCUGAUGUGACUGUGGCAGGCUUAACAUUACAGGCCAGAAUCCUAACCUGAGAUCUGAGCAUGUAACGCCAAGUUAAGCAUUACAUUAUCUCAAGCAUUACCAACACAGCUUAGUUUGAAUGGAAUGGAGGAUACAUACUCUUUUAGUCACUCACAGUCAGUCAUGUAAAAGAGAAUUGAGAGUGAAGAGCAUUUUACACUAGUUAGUCCUCUGUCACAAAAUAAAAUCAUAACGAGACAU